AUGUCAUUAGCUGUGGAUGAAACAGCAGGGGACCUCCCUGUGAGGGAUGUGGGGUUGAGAGGUGGACCCACAUCAAGAAUUCAAGACUCACCUCGAGAUUUGAGGUCCUGGAAAAAGCCUCAGAUACUAAAGAUAAAAGAUCAUCAACGUGUUUUUCGUGCAUCACGAGAGCAGUUGGAGGACCAGUGCCUCCGUCUGCAGGAGGAAAACACACUACUAAAACAAUACACCCGCACCCAAGAACAGAAAUUACGCAGACUCUCUACGAAACUGCUGCGACUGCGGCAUGGCGGUGCGAGCUCGGCCGGAGCCAGAGAUGCCGAGUUGGAGGACACCAUUCAGGAGCUAGAGGCCCGUGUGGCUACACUGGAGAGCCAGAAAGAGGCACUGCAGAACAAACUCAGCCUGGCCAGACAACACAUCCUCGACAUGGGAGGCAGGAGCAUUCACAGACCACGCACAGGGCGGGGUCUGGAUGGUGAGGGAGGGGUCAGGCGGGCAGCCCAAACAGCGCCGCCCCGCUAUGGUCUCAGUUCACUGGAGGACACCAGAGAGGAGACUGAGAGACUUCUCUCUCUCAGGAGGUCCAGUGUUAUAGAGACACAGCAAGUGCACGUGACAGAGCUUGAGCUGGCUGCUCAGUCACUCAGAGACACUUUGAGAGAGAAAGAGCGAGAGAUUGCAGAGUCAAUGAAAGAGUUAAGAAAGCAGCAAGCAGAUGGGCACAGACUGACAAUAAGAGACAAUGUUGAUGUCAUACGUCUGCAGAAGCAGCUCUCUGACAAGAGCGCCGCCCUGCUGGUCACUCAGGAGAAGUUCAAUAUGCUUCAGGAGACUUAUGAGGCACAAUUGGAGGAGAGUCAUCGGUCAAUGCGGGAAAGCCAAGGAGCACUUUUGGAGAAGGUAGAAGAGCUGAAUGAGCAGCUGAAACAGGAGAAGGAAAGAGCAUUAGCACUGGAAGGCAAACUCAAUGCUGCCACCCUUUCCCUGCAAGGACUGGAAGAGCUUCGUGAGAGAGUGUCAUAUCUUGAAGGAGAGAAGAAUCUUCUGAAACAGAGCUACGAUGCGCUUCUGGAGAGCACUCUAUCUGCCCAAAGCCACCAAGAAAAACAUGGUGUUAAGGAAAAAGACACGGAAACACUGAGAGAACAGAGCUUGCGACUGGUGAUACAACAGCUGGAGGAAGAGCUGGCCCUGGAGAGAGGAAACAAGGAGAAGCUAAUACGAGAAACAGAGAGGCUGAGAAACAGAAAUGAGAUGGCUGAGGGAGAGGGGGACAGAGAAAAAGACAUGGUUGUAUCACUAAGAGAAAAACACGAACGCUUGGAACAGGAGGUUCUGCGGCACAGACAGGAAGUGACCUCACUGCAGGAGAGGCUGGAUUCAGUGACAAAUGAGUUUGGUAUGAGUGUGGAAGAACUGAGUGAAACUCUUCUGCAGAUAAAGGCUUUCAGACUUCAGCAAGAGAGCCGAGAGAAAUUACGCUUUCUCAUUGAUGAUGGGAAGGUGGAGGAGUCAUCGAGAGAGCCGGCUGCCCUUCAGGCGUCCCAUGCAGAAACACUGCUUGAGCUGCAGAAAACUAGAGACAUGCUAUUACUACAACAAAAGCUCAGUAACGAUCUUCAGACUGAGCUGAGGACGGUGAUGGACAAAGCUGAAAGGGAAAAGGAAGAAAACAGAAGGAGAGCAGGAGAUAAAGAGAUACUGCUGAAGAGAAAACUUCAACAAAUAAACACUUUACAAGCUCAGGUUAGAGAAUUGGCUUACAGUCCCAAGAAUUACAAUCGGACCAUACCACAACAGUACCCCUGGGUGGAUGAGGAUCAGGAGUUAGUUCAGACAGUAGAGGACAACGCAAUUUUUUCUCAGUUACAUGCCGGGGAGUCUCUACUGGAAAUCCAUCUAACAGGGGCCACAUUCACACCAGUGGGUUUAAGACUCAUGGGAAGAGCGCUUGCCGACAGGGGAUCAACACCCGUGAGUCACCAGAGGAUUGUAACCUUUUGCACCUAUGCUUUCCUCGACUUUGAGAUGCACUCCACUCCACUGAUCUCAGGGGCGCAGCCAAAUUAUGGAUUUACCUCCCGUUAUGCUCUCUCUUCACAUGAUUUGGGCAAACUUGGGGGUCAGGUUAGUUGGGUGCCCGCUGAACUGCACCAGGCCCUGGGAGGGGUGCGUUUUGUGACCCGGGGACAAGCACAAAUCCCCAUUGUUGGGGCAGUAGAACACAAAGGGGAGAGAGUGAGCGGCAAAGCCAAUAUCAUAGGUGUUGAUGGGGAAAUCAUUGGGGUGCUGGAGUUUUGGAUACGACUGUACCAUCCAGCAGAGCCCAUGGACACUCAGGCUGCCAGAACCCUGGACCAAACCAACAGACUGACGACACAUAAAGCUCUUGCAUGGAACAAUGCUGGAACAGGGGAAUUAUUUGACUAUGGCAGAGGGAUACCGAACGAGUUGGAAGUGGUCCUGGAGCGUUGUGUGGGUCUCAGUGCACGUUGGCCAGGACUGCUUCCUGAUGUCUACUUGACAUACCGGCUGUAUGACCUGCCACCUCAUGUAACACCCACCAUACCAUGCAGUUCAGACCCUGUGUUUGAUGACAUCACAAGCUAUCCAUUGGCUGUUACCGUGGAUGUGCUGGAGUACCUUAAAGUGCAAUGCCUAUGGGUGUACAUGUUUGAUGACAGUGAGGGCAAUAUACAACCAGCUUACCUAGCCAAAACCCCCAUCCCUCUUCGAUCCCUAGCAACAGGCCGGCCAAUCAGAGGUGAUUAUGUGCUGAGAGACUCGGGUGGUAGUCCAAAAGGAAUCGUCAGGGUGACUCUCAGGUGGAAGUACCCUUUCCAGCCACCAGAGGCACCAGAGAGACACAGUAGCAUAGAGCAACCAGAAAAGAAGGAAAAAACUGAAGGGCUCCAGAGGCCAGUGGCUAAACCAAGAGUUAAGCCUCAGCCUCGACCUCCAUCAAUCAGAAUGCAACCAGCCGAGAGGACUUCACAUCCUCAGUCCCCCAAACGUGUGCUAGACACCCCCCUCAAGACAAUUGGGCAGGGCUUGGCCACACCUCUACAGUCCCCAGCACGUAAACGGGCCACCACCCUUCGGUCACCUGACCGAUCUCUUGCUACUUCCCCUUUGAUGCUAGACCCCAAGCUGGCCAAGACCACCCAGUCACCACAGCACCAACGUAAAAUCACCAGGUCACCUGACAGUAAGAGAAGCUCUCCCAUAAGAUCACGCUCAUCUCCCUUUGCAUCAGACUCAUCCUUAAGCGAGAGAAGCUCCUUUAGUGAUUCCAGAGUACAGGAAAUCAAAGCACUAGAACAGGAAGAGGAGGACUUGGGAGAGGGAGAGGAGGAGCAAGAGCAGGAGGACAAAACUGGAAUGGACGACAGCAGCCUUGUGUCCAAUGAAUCAAGUAUCUCAAGUGGUAGUGAUGUUAUAAUCAUUCCAAAACCAUCAAGACCGCUAAAAAAGGGGGACAAACUGCGGGUGGAGAUCCUGUCACUUUCUUUUGACCCAACGUCUCACAUUGCCAUGAACCAGUCAGUGCAGCAAGUCUAUGUGGAGUAUCGACUACUGGGCAUUCCCAUGGAAACCACAGAAACUCCCAUGUCUCUGCGUAAACCUACUGAGGGGGAGGAAAUACAUUACAACUUCUCAAGAGUUAUCUAUGUCGACACUGUAGAAUCAGCCCCUCUAAGACAGUAUCUGUACACAAUGUUGGAGGGCACAGAUCCAAAUCAGGGAAGGUUGAAGUUUACAGUUGUUAGUGAACCAAUGAAUGAACAGGAGGAAUGUGAAGAUGUUGGCCAGGCUUAUCUGGAUUUACAGGAACUUCUGCUGACAGGAAAUGAUGUAAUUGAGCAGCAGAUUGACAUUCUAAGUAUUGGUGAGAACCAGGAAGUGGUUGGAAAGCUGAAGGUAUCUCUGGAAGCUGCCCAGGCACUGACCAGGAUCUACAAGGAGUACCACCAACCAUCACGACAGGAGAGGGAUGAAAAUGAAGAUGAUCAGGAGGGAAAAAAUAUGAAACAGGAUGAAGUGUUACAUGUGAUAGACUAUGAUAUUGAUGAUGAUUUCUACUGA